GGCAGCACCGAAACGCCUUCCUCUGUUUAUUAAACCCGAAACUGAAGAGGUUUUCUUGUUAAUGCGGGGAUUGAAAAAUGAAGGCGGUGAAGGAGAAAGCAGCCAACGUCGGGGCCUCGGCCAUUUCCGGCCUGGAGAAGACCAAGGCCACCCUCGAGGAAAAGGUUGAGAAAAUGGCGACCUCAGACGAGGUGCAGAAGGGAAUGGCGACUGAAAUGAAAGAAACAAGGGUUAAAGAGGCAGAGCUCAACAAGCGGGAGGCACGCGAGCACAACGCCGCGGCAAGGCACGCUGGUGGUGCAGGUGGGUACACUGUUUCCGGGACUGGUGCUUAUACAGGUGGUACAAGAAAUUAAAUAGCAGAGAUUUGUGGAAGGUGGAGUAGUUAAAGAAUUUUGACAACAUUGUCAUUUGGUGCAGAUUUUGGUACCAGCAUAUUAUUGGUUCAAAUCCUACUUUCAUUUUUAAUAUUAUAAUACUAAUAUUUUUUAAUGAAAAUUUCAUAUAAUAUGCUUUGCAUUUUGUUUUUUGGAUUGUCGAAUUAUUGUAAGGGAGGUGAACUUCAAUGUAUCUUGCAUUGAAUAAUGAUAGUCAUUGACC